CACUGGUGCCGCAAGCAGCCUCAUCUGGUGACCAAUGAGGCCGCGGUGCCAGCCGCCAUCACUGGGCAGCAGCAAUGCCUACCUCGUGGACGUCAAGGUCGGCGGGAAGUUUGCCGACGACCGGAUCUACAACCACAACCUGGACAUCCUGCAGCGCGUGGCGCGCGGAAACUGCGUACUGAAGCUGAGCGGACUGGGCGCGCCGCGCCACCUCUGCCUCGUGCACGCGCUCAGGAAGUUCACCGGUAGUGUAGGCGACGAGGACGACACGGCGGACGUCGGCGACGACGCCACCUGGCGGCGCUAUUUCCUGCGGCCUCCCGGCGCCGCCGCGCGCCUCGUAGUGACGCAUAAGGUAGACGGCGACGCGGCGCACCUGAGCGCGCGCUGGCUGGACGGCGGCUUCCUCGUGUGCGUCGGGUCCAAGAACGUGCACCUGGUGCUGCGCCGCGAAGCGGACAUCGAGCUGUACCGCGCCAACGGUUACCAGGUGGCGAAGCAGGCGGCGGCGGCGGCGUGGCGCCAACUGGCAGCGUUGGGGCCGGAGCGUCGCCGCCAGCUGCUCAGCUUCCUCCACCACACGCGCUUCACAGCCGUCUGCGAGCUGCUGCAGCCGGAGCACCAGCACGUGGAGGACUUCUCACACCUGACGCGUGGCGAGCUGCGCUUCAUCGCCUGGGCACCGCCGCUGGAGUCGGCCGGCGAGGCGGCCGCCUCGCUGUGCGGCUGCUCGCCGGAGCUCGGAUUCCGCCUCGCUGACGUGUUCGGCUUGACGACCGUCACGUACUCGGUGGUGACGGGCGACGUCGAAGAGCAGCUGCCGGAUGUCGUGCUGGAAGUCAGGAAGGCGUACGGCUUCGAGGGCAAGGUCUUGUACUUCGUCGACAGCGAUGACAAUGUGAUAGGCAUGCUGAAGAAGAAGACGGUGUGGUACGUCAUGCUCCGUUCUUCGAGCGUCGCCCUGGGCAAGCACUCCAUCAACGACCUCAGGUCGAAGAUAUCGGCGAGGCUCCGAAGCAUUCAGGCUAGUAUGUGCCUUACAGAUGAGUUCAUUGAGAAAUGGAUUGACCUCAGCGUGGCCUUUGCCAUCUGGCGUAUGGACCUCGGCCGCGAAGUGAAGGGAGUCGCGCUUCCGCAGCUGUGGGCCAGGUUCCUACGCCAGAGCGGUUGCACCGAUCGCUUCCCGGUGGGCAUUGGGCGGUAGUUGCUGAACAGUUCGCACCUAUCUGUAUGCGCCCCAGUUCGGUGGAGGUGCUGUUUGGUGCCAGCUUUGGUAUGCUCGUUAGUAUGCAGCAGCUUUUAGUAAAGGUUAUCACUUGGUGGGUUUCCUUAACGCGGUGUCCAUCUUUUACACUCGUACUUUGCUCGCCUGGUCUGACGGGUGACGUGAUGUUGAUUUCCGGUUAUGUGUUAGUCGCGCAGUAUUAAGUUUUUAGAUUCGCACUUUCGUCAUCUCGCGGAACGAGGUCUGUGAUGCCGAUUCCUUCACACUGUUGGCUGCACUUUAAGCGUGCGGAGAAAUAGGCUUUGUAGUACCAGUCCCACGUUCCAAACAGGUUUAUGCAGCAAUGCGAAGAACGAGACAAAUGUCAUCUUUGCGCGAGACGACAGGUUCUCGACUUCAGCAGAAGAAGCCGGCCGGAUGUCCGGUGAACAGUGGGUGCACGCGCUUGUCCUAUGUAUCUGAUGAGGCUGAAUGCCUCCGCUGCAUAGUAUUUUAGUCCAUGGUGGUGUUCAGUGCGCAAUGCGCAAUGCAGACAUAUUUACAUGGGCCGCGGUGACUUGUGGCUGUCGCUAAUGACCAUUCGCGUGAUUUAUGGGCUGUGGCUUGCCGUUCCCACGUGACUUAUGCAUCGCUUAUGUGAUACCGUGUGCAUCGCCUAUGUGAUACCGUACGCAUCGCUUAUGUGAUACCGGACUGACCAAGCAAAUACACUUCACUG